AGUUGGAAACCUUGAAAAUGCUACUUGCUAUAGUUGCACUUGCGUUUGAACUAACCAAGGAAAGAAGUCCUUUACGUCUGUCUCUGUCUCUGUCUCUGUGUGCGUGUGUACACAGGCAUGGGGGAAAUUUUUUCAGGCAAAGCCAAAGUUUUUUUGUUUAGAAUUUUCCACUAUCUAAGUUUGGUCAAUACCAGAUAUCAAUCAAAGCCGGAAUCAAGCUGGGUAUCUGUUUUACUGCGUUCCUGUUUUUUCACAUUACUGAUCUGAUCUGCCGAUUAGAGAGUGGAUAAUAGUUGGGUCACCAGUUUAUAUGUGUGGUUGAGUGUGAGCCUUAUGUGCUUUGAUUAGUGAUUAAUAUCCUGAAACGUUAGUAUUUUCAAAAUUUUCUUCUCUUCCCACAUGCCAAACUGCUUUCCUUGAUCAUAGCAAGAAUUCUUGACGCUGAGAAAUUUCAGAGAAGCCAUGGGAGAGGAGGAUAUAUACACAAAAGAUGGAACUGUAGACUACCGUGGGAAUCCUGCUAACAGGAAGGAAACUGGAACUUGGAGAGCCUGCCCCUUCAUAAUAGGAAAUGAAUGUUGUGAAAGAUUGGCUUAUUAUGGGAUGAGCUCCAAUCUGGUUCUUUAUUUCAAGCACGUCUUGAAUCAGCAGAGUGCUACUGCUGCUAAAAAUAACUCUGAUUGGAGCGGAACAUGCUAUACUACACCGCUGAUCGGAGCAUUUCUGGCUGAUGCUUAUCUAGGAAGAUACUGGACUAUUGCGACUUUCUCCAUCAUCUAUGUAAUUGGAAUGACACUUUUAGCAAUGUCAGCGUCUGUCCCUGGUCUAAAGCCAAAAUGUUAUGCGAAAAAUGACUGUGAUCCAACUGAUGGACAAAGUGCAGCGUGCUUUGUUGCACUUUACCUUAUAGCUGUAGGCACAGGAGGGAUUAAGCCUUGUGUCUCAUCCUAUGGAGCAGAUCAGUUUGAUGAUACAGAUGAGGUGGAGAAGAAGCACAAAGGCUCUUUCUUCAACUGGUUCUACUUUUCAAUUAAUGUUGGAGCUCUUAUAGCUUCCUCUGUGCUGGUUUAUGUACAAAACAAUUGGAGUUGGGGAUGGGGUUUUGGCAUUCCUGCAAUAGCAAUGGCAAUUGCUGUUGUGAGCUUUUUUUCAGGUACUCGGCUGUACAGGUACCAAAAGCCAGGAGGCAGCCCUCUCACACGUCUCUGCCAGGUGAUAGUAGCGUCCAUCAGGAAAUACAAGGUUGUAGUGCCUGCUGACAAGUCUCUUUUGUAUGAGACAGCAGAUGCUGAAUCCAACAUCAAAGGAAGCCGCAAGGUUGAGCACACCACAUAUUUCAGUUUCUUUGACAAGGCAGCAGUGGAAACAGAAAAAGAUCAUGUAAAGGAUUCAGUAAACCCAUGGAGACUCAGCACAGUAACCCAAGUUGAAGAGCUAAAAUCCAUCAUUCGCUUGCUCCCAAUAUGGGCCACGGGUAUAAUCUUUGCUGCAGUUUACAGUCAAAUGAGCAACUUAUUCGUGUUGCAAGGUGAUCAAAUGAAUAAAUUUGUUGGCAAUUCCAAUUUCGAGAUCCCAUCUGCAUCUCUUUCUGUGUUCGACACCCUCAGCGUCAUAUUUUGGGUCCCCAUCUAUGAUCGCAUCAUUGUGCCAUUUGCAAGAAAAUUCACAGGUAACAGAUAUGGCUUGACUCAACUUCAGAGGAUGGGUAUUGGCCUCUUCAUAUCAAUAUUUGCAAUGGUAUCUGCAGCAGUUUUAGAAGAUAUAAGACUUGGAAUUGUUAAAAGACACGACUCCUAUGACAUCAAACAAGUGCCUAUAUCUGUAUUUUGGCAAGUUCCACAGUAUUUUCUUAUAGGGUGUGCAGAAGUUUUUACAUUCAUUGGGCAGUUGGAAUUCUUCUACCAGGAAGCACCUGAUGCCAUGAGGAGCUUGUGCUCUGCUUUAUCACUCACCACAGUUGCUCUUGGCAAUUAUUUGAGCUCUCUCCUCAUGACUAUUACUACAAGCAUCUCCACCAGGAAUGGAAAACCUGGGUGGAUACCUGACAACUUAAAUUAUGGCCAUGUCGAUUACUUCUUCUGGAUGUUGGCAGUAAUGAGUGUGCUCAAUUUAGGUGCCUUUCUCUUCAUCUCAAAGUGGUAUACAUACAAAACACCAAUAGGAACUCUCCGUUGAUCAUAUUUGCUGUUGUUGCUGAAGCAACUGUAAACAAAUUCAAUCAGUGAUCGAGAACAUGUUUUUUACCAGAUUUUCAUAUUUGUAAAAUAGAACUUAAAAGGAAUCUAUGAAGUCUGCAGUAAAGGCAGCACUCCAUGUGUCUGCAAUAAUGUAACAGAGAAUGGAACC